AUGACAUCUACUAUCCGACCACGUCUAUUCAUAACUCAACAAAUGCCUUCACAGUUUAUUCAUGCACUCGAGCGUGUAUUUGAACUUGAUUAUCAAGAUACUCCGACGCCUUUGUCUCCAGAACAAAUUUUAUUUCGUAUUCGUGCUCAUCCACCAGAUGCAAUUCUUUUUGCAUCAAAAAUAAAAAUUGAUAAAGAAUUAUUAUCAGCAGUAGGUGAUAAACUCAAAAUGUUAGCGACAUUUUCAGUUGGAUAUGAUCAUAUUGAUGUAAAAGAAUGCCAAAAAAGAGGCAUACCUAUUGGAUAUACACCAGGUGUAUUGACAGACGCAACAGCUGAUUUAGCUGUGGCAUUAUUGUUAGCAACAGCAAGAAGAAUCACAGAAGCUGUGCGAGCAGUUCGUAACGGUGAAUGGGGUACAUCUUGUGAUGUGAUGUGGAUGUGUGGUAAACCUUUAACUAAUGCUACAGUCGGCAUUGUUGGUUUAGGACGUAUUGGUUUAGCUAUAGCACGUCGGUUACAACCGUUUUCUAUUCAACGUGUACUUUACAGCGGUACACGUGAAAAAUAUUUUGAUUCCAACGCUGAUAAAGCAUUCUUUAAAUAUGUUCCAUUUGCAGAAUUAUUAGGCGAGUCUGAUUUUGUGAUUAUUGCAUGUGAAUUGAAUGAAUAUACAAAAAAUAUGUUCAAUAAGAAUGCUUUCGAACAAAUGAAAAAUGAUGCAAUUCUAAUUAAUAUUGCACGAGGAGGUAUCAUUGAUCAAGAUGCACUCUAUGAUGCAUUGACGAAUGGUCUUAUUGGAGCUGCUGGUCUUGAUGUGACGGUGCCAGAGCCAUUGCCUACAGAACAUCGACUUUUAACACUCGAAAACUGUACGAUUUUUCCACACAUUGGAAGUGCUGAUGUGUCUGCACGUCAUCAAAUGGCACAAAUAUGUGUGGAUAAUUUAUUUAAUUUUUUUAGUGCCAAACCGAUGGUUCAUCAGCUUAAACUCGGGGAUGCUUAA